AUGUGCAUGAAAGCCAAGUGCUCUAGUUGCAGCAAGGUCACCUGGUGGGGCUGUGGUGCCCACAUCCCUUCUGUCAUGGACUCUGUCCCAGAAGAUGAGCGCUGUGCUUGUGAUCCCAAGGUGGAGAAGGACGGGAAGAUGUAUCCUCCCAAGGCUGCGCAAGCCAAUUGA